UUCGUUGGAAACCUCCAAGAGAGCUGCUACGAAAAUUGCAUCAUGGCGAGAUAGACAUGGGGUCGGCCGCAAAAAGGAAUCCUGCAUCCGAAGACUGAUCUGCCACAGUGAUGGACGCAGAUGACGCGAGGAUGCUUUCUCCUUCGCUGAGGCAUCUCCAGACUUCCCACCGACUUUCCGAAUCCAGGUUACCUCGAUCGCGAAGAGCUUUUUGAUUUGGGGGCUGAUCUGAACAUACCUCGCCCUACUUCAUUAGAACCUCCAGCUGCUUCCCAUCAAAAAGAAGAAAAAAAAACUUCCAGGCGCAGGCGCCGCGUUGUGCCGUGCGGCUGCGUACUGAAACCCCGCGUGCAUCCCACGCCGUGACAGGCGAAGAGACCUUAGCCUUGCUUCUUCCAACUGAAGUUUUUUUGCUUCUUCCAACUGAAGUAACCGGAAGGAAACAGGGCAGGUGUCCACGAGCAGUGAAGCCGACCGGCAGGUAAAAGCUAGCAUCACCACCCCUCGAGGGUUGCGGGGAACUGACGCGGUGUGUGAUGCCUUGGCUUGACGGCUAGCGUUAGCAUCAGGCUAGUCACCAUCUAUAAAUACUCGUUGAUCGUGGUAGUUCAUCUUCAUCGAAGGGCCAGUUACGUUCUUGGUCUGCUGCAAACAUGCAGCAGGCCGCCGGCAUCACCACCACGACGACGACGACGACGGAGAUCUGGCAGUGGCAGUGCGCCGUGUGCCGAGCUGAUUGGAAGAUGCUGCGCCAGGUGACCACCAGCUGCCCGCACGGACAUGGCUGCCGCUGCUGCCAGGGUGCUCCGCCUCCGCUAUCACCAGCAACAAACCCUCCACUUCCUUCUCAUCACCACCACCGCCGCCGCUGCCAUCACCAUCAUCUUCAUCAAGAGGAGGGUAACAGGGCUUUGGCUGCCGUCGAGGGACCCGACGCCGGGCGCAAGACCACCACUGCUACUCUGAACCCUGCCCCUCCCGCCGUGGCGCAGGCCUGCUGGGUUCCGGACCCGUACCUGAUGGUGCAGCAGCUCAGGGAGUUCGAGCCCCUCGACGACGAGGUGGUCGCGCUCAGGGCGCAGCUCCAGGAGUACGCUUGGGAGAUCGAGAGGAGCAUCGAGAGGGACAGAGACGGGACGAACUGGCUCCUCGCCCUCCCGGGCAGCGUCAGGGACGUCCUCGUCAUGGCCAGGGAUGCCAUCGAGGCGUUCAUCGCCGUCUCCGCUGCUGCCCCGGCGAAUUAAGCAGCUAUACGUACAGUUAUGCAAAUGCUGUGGUUGCUCGUUUGCCAUUAGCAAUAACCAUGUCUCCUGUGUACUAGUUGUGUGAGGAUUUUUACUGCUUGGCUAUCGCUGGUACUAGGCGAAUUUAUUUGCAGCUAUAUUGUUGUCUACUAGUACGGAUAAACUGUGACGAUACUGUUGGUGAUGUGAAUGCAAAGUAGUUACUAGCAGAAGACAUGGUUGUUUCCUAUGUUAUGAUACCCCUAACAACGAGCCCA